AUGCGUCUUCUCCUCCCCGACGCGGACGCCGAUAAUUUUAUGUGCUCUGUCAUUCAACUCUUGUCCCGAGCCGAAGUCCUCUUUCAAAGUAAUUGGGGAUGUUCUACUAUGGUUUUGCGAGUCUCCGAUGACAUCGUUACCAAGAUCUCACGGCGCGCGGACGGCACUGAUGAAUAUACUACUUUGCAGUACCUUGAAGCACAUCUACCAAGCUUUCCUGCCCCUAGACCACAUGGGAUGAUUGAAUUGAAACAUCUCUAUCUCAUGUUCAUGACCUAUAUCCCCGGUUUAGACCUCGAGAAAGCAUGGCCACAGUUAAGUGUAGCCCAAAAACAAGACAUCAGCAGUCAGCUCGACGCCUUGUUCUCUGAAUUGCGAUCACUUCCGUGCCCAGAGAAUAGUCCACUUGGUGGCGUUCAAGGGGAACCAUGUAAGGAUGCCAGACAAGGUCUACGUGUAGCCUCUACCCCAAUCACGAGUAUAAAGGAAUUUGAAGAUUUCGUCUUUUCCGGUUCCAGAUCUGCAACCCCAGUCUAUUUGGACUUUUUGCGAGGGCUCUGUCCACCAAGUCCGAACAAGUCCGUCUUUACCCAUGGAGACGUCCGACCAGCAAAUAUUGUGGUCAAUUCUGACGAUUCAGGCAAGUGGCAAGUUACUGGUAUCAUCGACUGGGAGCGCAGCGGCUUCUAUCCGGAGUACUGGGAGUCCAUUAAAAUGACAAACUGCUUGUACGCCGGUGAAGACUGGGACUGGUACAAGUAUCUUCCUGGAUGCUUACACCCAAAAAAUCACGCACAACGCUGGCUAUUAGAUAAGGUGUGGGACCCCAUGGUGGCUUCGAUAGAAACAUCCUCAUGA